AUGACGGACGCAACGACUAACCCAUUGUCUGGCCUGUGGAAGCCCACUCACCUCAAAGCGCUAUGGUACGGUCCCAACAGCGUCAAGAACCAUCUCCUGGAAUCUCUACCUGCGGAAAAUUCCAAGGCCUUCAUCGUUACCGGCUCAUCUCUGGCAACAAAGACGCCUCUAAUUCAACAGGUUGAGCAGCAAUUGGGAUCGAAGCAUCAUGCAGGGACUUUUGCGAACAUCAAGCAACAUGCCCCUGUCGCUCAAUUAGACGAAGCAACCGAGGCAGUCAUCAAGGACCCCAACAUCGACACCAUCAUAUCCAUCGGAGGCGGAAGCCCCAUAGACUCCUCCAAAGCCAUCUCGUAUCGUCUCAAUGAGAAGGUCGGCAAGUUCCUCUUUCAUAUCACCAUCCCAACCACCCUGAGUGCCGCCGAGUGCACUUUCAAUGCAGGCUACACUCAGGAGGAUGGAACGAAAACCGGCGUAGCCCACGCUGAGCUGGCGCCUCACGUCAUCAUUUACGACUCCAAAUUUGCGCUGGAGACGCCUCCGCAGCUGUGGAUGUCGACGGGUCUACGCGCCCUAGACCAUGCGGUGGAGCUGCUCUAUCAUCCGACGGCUACCGAAGUCCCUGCGAAAGACGUUUGUUUGUCAGCAGCAUCCAGAUUGUUCAGCAGCCUCCCGAAAUACAAGAACGAUCCUAAAAAUGAGGACAACAUUACCCAAUUGCAGCUGGCUUCUUUUGGAUCCUUGGGCUUGCUUGGUCUCAACGUCAAGGGCCCCCUGGGUCUAAGCCACACCCUCGGAUACGCCCUGGGCUCCCCGUAUUCCAUUCCGCACGGGAUCACGUCCUGCCUCACUCUUGGGCACGUUGUUAAGCUCAAGGCCCAUGACCCCUGGGCUGCCUCGCAAGUCGCCCGACUCGCUCCCUUCAUUGGUUUAACGAGGACUGGUAACGAUCAGCAGGACGCCAUCAAUGUCGGUGACGCCAUCUUGGAGUUGGUUAGACUUCUCGGUCUAUCCAAGACGUUGAAGGAGUACAACGUUGGAGAAGACCAGGUUCCCAUUAUCGUCAAAAGAGCAACCAAACAAGAGCAAGGAGAGGUUUACGACAAGGUGGCGAGCCUCGUCAAGCAACUGUACUGA